UCCGAUUUAGACUUCGCUCAGACAGCAGCAGCUCCAGUAGAGGUUCAGGCUGUCAGCUAGCACAGUAGCCGCGUAGGGCUUCAUGACAGAGGUUACCGGGUUGACCGGCGGCAUCUCAGCGGACGAGCCUCUCUCUGCUCCACUGCACAUCGGAAACCUCUCCACCGGGCAGCCCCCGCAACGCUGCCCCGCUCUUAUCCGCUCGCCUUCGUGCUCAAAGUCACUCAAUGCUGCGCUCCCGCUACCAGCUAACAGACUGAUCUGACUGUGUUACUGCCACUUCAUGAUCCAGGCUAGCUGAGGAUCAAAACAAGGACAAUCGCUUCAAAGUUUAAGCGGCGUUUGUGGUGAACCGGCCGGGACCCAGCAGCGAGGAGGGACACGGGCCCCGGGGAGAGCGACGGACUCGGGGCAAGGCAGCCAGGGCAGCGAGGGUGGUGGCUGGAUAAACUAGGGGGUCGCCUCCAGCUCCUGGUGGAUUUAUCCCCUGCCAGCUAACGUUAGCUAAGCUAGCUCCAAACAGCGCCAUGGAUUGGUUAAUGGGGAAAUCUGUGACUAAAUGGCCUCACUUAGGAGUUAAUGAGCUGGAUCAGGGCUGGCAUGCAAGGCUUCAGAGCACAAAGCCGGAGCCACCUGAACUGAAGUCGAAGACGAAGCCAAAUGGAAAGAAGCCUCCAGCAGAAGAGAAGAAGCAGUACUUGGAGCUGGAGUACACAAAAAUCCGUGUGGUGGACUUCGACCUCAAGGAGCUGGUGGUGCUUCCCAGAGAGAUAGACCUCAACGAAUGGCUCGCCAGCAACACAACGACAUUCUUCAAUCUCAUCAACCUGCAGUACAGCACCAUCUCAGAGUUCUGCACUGGGGACACCUGUCAAGCCAUGACAGCCUGCAACACAAUAUACUACUGGUAUGACGAGAAGGGGAAGAAGACAAAGUGCACUGCUCCACAAUAUGUCGACUUUGUUAUGAGUCUUUGUCAGAAACUGGUCACAGACGAGGAAAUCUUUCCCACAAAAUAUGGCAAAGAGUUUCCCAACUCGUUCGAGUCCUUGGUAAAGAAGAUCUGCCGGUACCUGUUCCACGUGCUGGCUCACCUCUACUGGGCGCACUUUAAAGAGACGGUGGCUCUGGACCUGCAGGGCCACUUGAACACUCUGUAUGCACAUUUCAUCGUUUUCGUAAGGGAAUUCAACCUGGUAGACCCCAAGGAGACCUGUAUCAUGGACGACCUGUCCGAAAUCCUCUGCACACCCGCCCCGCCGCCCGCUCCCACCCCUGCUCCCUCCGCCCCCACCUCGGCGCCCUCUCCCUCUGCACAAAACCACGUAACGGAGAGAUGAGCAGGGUGGGCGGCGGCGAGACAGCAGCCCUGGGAGUGAUAGAAGAUAAGAUAGAGGAGAGAAGGAAAGACAGUCUGGCCCCCGUCCUCGGUGCCAGCAGGACUUAGAGACCUUCCACUACCCUUAUAUUUCGCUACGACACCAACCAACCAGCCGGAAGGAAGGGGGGGAGGGUUUUCAGGGGGUUUGGGGUGGCGGGGAGGGGUUUGUCACGCCAGCAGGAAUUGGCGUGAGCGUUCCUCCCAGGGGCAAAUCCCUCCCAUCUUCUCUGCAAUUUAAACUAGGAACAAAAAAGUAUGUGUAUGUUUUAUUUUUGGUUUUAUUUCACUUUUAUUUUUUGUUGGAGUUUUAUUCAGUUUUAUUUUAUGUUGUUGGAGGCGGAGGGCAUCUCACUUCCCUCCAUCCUCUGCCUAACAUACAGUACAGGAGGGGGGCUCUGCUUUGCUUCGACCUACUAUUGUACAGUGUUGUUGACGUGUGGAGAAGAGGCAUCUCUGCCCGCCUGCUGGCUCAUCCUGCAGGUGCACGGCCAGUGAGCUGGCCAGUAGGGAGCCACGUUACUGCCUGAUGGGGCGAUACUAGCCAAUCACUGUUUGGGUUGUUUUUGUGGGGUAUGAUUAAAGCGCUUCCUACUCAGGACCUGAGAGAAAACGACACUGCUGCCAGAGAGAAGUUCCUCUCUUCUUUUCAUUCUCUGUCCCUCAUUCAGCUCAGUACUUCCCGUAUUUAACUUCACAGAAUCACCCGGUGCUCCUCUAUCAAACAUGUCCCACAGCUGACCUGUAGAGGGCAGCACACAUGAGGAGAAUGCUACGGAAACAGGGAGACGGAGAGGAGAGUAUAAAGAUUGUAUGUUAGAUAUUUAAUCUGAUCAGAGAGUCGAUACUUUGAGACAGACUGGUGUCAGUGGAGGCUGAAUCAGAGCACAGCAGCAGCCCCCAAAACCACCAACACCACCAGCUACACCCACUUCAGCAGCACAGAAGGACAAAGACAUGAGGUAAUGUCUGCAGGCCCACAGACGGAGAGAGGGGGAGACAGAAAGGGAGGGUGGGAGGAGAUGGUGUGGAGCUGCUCUGCUUUUUAAAGCCACCAGUACUCCCAGUGCAAAAAUCUCCACUUCUAUCUUUAUUUUUUGACCUGUCCCUUAAAAUUUGCUUUUAAAAAGAUUAUCAGAGGAAAAUUAGAUGAGAAAUAACAAUAAUGGUAUCAUUACACAUGUAUAGAAAAUGCACAGUCUGCUUGGACUUUACUGUACAAAGAAUCACAAGCGGGUUCUGUCAGACUAUAGCCUCUGUAUGGAGGAGGAUUGGGUUUAUAAUUCUCCUUUUUUAUUUAUUUUAAUUCUUUUUUGCAGGGUUGUUCAGUUCUGGCUCUCGUUUUUAUGUAUUUUAAUUAUUAACUAAGUUAAAAGCAAUUUAAUAUUUUAAGCUCUGCGGAUUAUAAUCUAAUAAAAGAGAGAAAUGCCA